CGACGAACAGGCUUGUUUUGCGACAGCGAUACCGAGUGCUGCAUCUCAGCCUUUCCCACUUGAUCGAGACGCAGUACAAGUAUCUUGUCGCCCGGACAGCGCCCUUCGUCUCCCGUACCCCAUCUUGCACCGUUCCUGCAAGCUGGCUUUGAGCUGUACUGCCCACCAUGAGCUCGCCUGAACUGGAGCUGCCCACCGUCCCGGUGUCAGAGCUCAAUGCCACCUUCGGUGUGCUCCUCAUUGGUUUCAUUUUUGCGGUCACGCUCUAUGGCUUGACCUUCUUCCAGACUUAUAUCUACUUCUCUCGUUUCCCUCAUGACUCCAGGGUGUCAAGAUAUGGAGUCGGCCUUAUUUGGGCGGUAGAUACAGCGACUACAACAUUGCUAUCACACAGGCUGUACUAUUAUCUCAUCACAAGCUUCAUGGCGCCGUUCGAUACCCUUGACAUUACCAGGACUUUCGUUUCCGAAAAUGCGCUCGCAGCGUUUGGUAUCUUCCUUGUUCAGCUGUUUUACGCAGAGCGGAUAUAUACGCUCAAUGACAGAAAUCCGAUCAUUCCCGGAGUGACGGCUGUUCUUGCCACUGCUAACUUAGUGCUUGGUAUUGCCUCGGCUGCGAAGAUUGGCCAGCAGCCUCUGUUCUACAACUUCGUCGACCAUGUCAUCAAGGUUAUCACUGGUGUUCAGUAUGGUCUGAGCACGCUCACCGACCUCGUCAUCAUGCUGUCGCUGUUCUACUACCUGCAGCGCUCGCGGUUCCAGGGCAUGAAGGCCGUCGAGGGGUGGUACGAGUACAUCGCCGUGUUCUUCAUCAACCGCGGCACUUGCUUUACCCUUCUUCAACUGGCGUCCCUCAUCCUUUUCGUAGCCAUCCCUAAGCAGCAGGUCUGGAUUCUGUUCCAUUUCGUAACGAGCAAGACUUACAUCAACAGCUUGCUGCUCAUGCUCAACUUCCGCAGCGUACAUCGCGGACGUGGUGUCGGUGAAGAGGAGAGCAUGAACCAGCGCGACCUUAAGAGCUCCAGCGGCCUGUCCGGCAGCAGCCGCACGCCUCGGGAAACGUCUCGCAGCGUGCAGUUCGGCGUCGUCGAUACCGAGAGCAAGGCCGCUGCCAUGACCAUCGGUCUGGACACCAUCCGCUCGGGCACCGGGAUCGACGACGACCAGGCGAGUACGGGGUCUAUGGUGUUCGUGUCUGGGCAGCCUAACGUGGGUCGAAAGCAGAGUGACAAGCAUCGGGACAAUCAUUCUGAUGUUGAUAUUCACAAGGCCUCCCCGGAGUUCUGAUCAGAGGGUCUUAACUCUGGCCAUAUUCGGUAUCCAACUGGUUGCCGAAGUGCAACCACCGUGCUGUCAUUUGCUAUACCAUCUACACUUUAUCUUGGAUUACAUAUUUAUGUACACAAUGAAUGCUGGAAUCAAAGUGUU